GGGAGGUUUCGGGUUUGGUUAAUAUGCAAUGCCCGUAAUUAGCAUAAUUUAUAUAUUUAUGAUAAAGAGAGAGAGGGAAAAAAAAGGCGAGGGCCGGGGCGACGAGUAGCUCAGGGACCAGGCGACUGAGGGAGCUGGGACAGCGCAUCGCUCCCUGCCGACUUGGGGGGCCUUGAGCCCCGGGGGGCCGCGUCCGCUCCAGCCCGCCGGCCACCACGGAUGAGAGUGGCAAAGCGCCCAGAGGCUAGAUCUGGGCUGGGUCCUCCACCUUCUGCCCCUCCCCCAUCUCAGCUGGGGUAGAAACAGCAGUGGAAGUCUUGCGCCCCCACAUUGCGGGGACUAGAGAGCCCAUGGAAAAGCUGAACGCCUGGGUUCUUAGAGCUUUAGGGACAAUCUGGUCCCCUUACAGUGGUCGAGCCUCAGUUUCCUUCCUGAUCCCUCCUCCUCCUGACUGAGCGGGUAGAAAUCUCGAGGCAGGGGGGUGGGGGGUGAUGGUGAUGGUGGUCGGGACCUUGAGAGUAACCGAAAGGGUGGGUAGUGGGAGGAUCACUGGAACUGAAUAGGACAUGGGUGUUUCAUAAAUAUUUAAUCACGAUAAUGAUUAUUAAUAAAUAAUCAUAAUAAUCGGGCUGAUAUGCCCCAUCACUACCACAGAGAAUGGAGCCCUGAGGGAGGCGUCUUCUUCGGCCCCCUCCCCUCUUUGGAUCAUCAGCAAACAGGAUUUAACACAAAGUGGCAGCUCACCUGCAGCGACAGCAAUCUGAGUCUGGACAGGUUCAAGGGUCUUACCUGGGCAGCAGAAAACAAAGGCACUUUAAUAGAAUUAAUUUAAUAGAAUUAGCCCUAGCCACUUCCUAACUCUAUUUUCCAAAAAUAUAUUGCCACUCCCCUUCUCCCAAUGUCACCAGUGUCAAAAAAAAAGGGCGGGGGGAGAGAAAGAGAGAGAGAGAGAAAGAGAGAGAGAGAGAGAGAGAGAGAGAGAGAGAGAGAGAGAGAGGCUCUCUGCCUUUCUUGAAUUAGUCUUAGCGAAGCUUUGUUCAUGUAAACUUAUGAGGUCAGGGGAUCAACAAUGUCGGAAAUUCUACUUUGAAGGAAAUCCUGACCCAAAGCUUGAUUUCUUUCAGACUCAAGGGGCUAUAGUCUUAUUCCUGCUUUAAUAUUAAAUUAAUUUCCUGCCCUAUCCCAGCGUAAGUGACCGAUGCAGUGAAAUGACUGAGGAAUACUUGUAUUUAUUAUUGUCUAGGACCUACUGCUAAAACUUUACUUGCCAAGCCCCUAUGAAGCCUAGGAUGCUGACCAUAUGCUGAAGGGUUGCAAAUGGAAAGAUGAAGGGGAUAGUGAAACAGCAAUGGUACCUAGGGUAGGCACAUAAUGAAGAGUUAUAUGCAACUUGGAAACACGCCAAGGAGAAUUGAGAGGUAACCAUGAAUGAUUUUAUGCAAUUUGAGUUACCCUGUCUCUUAGGGCAGUACAAUUAGUGUGGACACUGACUACAACCAUAGAUGGAAUAUCUAAGGAACUAGGUAAAUGAGUAGGGAGCUUAAGGUUUUAUGAGCAUGGGCAGGUUUGGUUUUUUUUGUUGUUGUUUGUUUGCUUUUUUUUUUUUUUUUUUUUUUUUAGCUUACCACUUAUUUCCUUGAAAACAUUUUCAAGUGACCCCAACCCUGAAGAGAAGAGCUGAAUACCAAAUAUAGAAAAGCUAAGUGUUGAAGGAUGUUCUGCUUAGUGAGCUUGCCCCACCACCAUACCCACUCCGAGUGACCAUGGAUCCUGGAGCAGGGACUGACACAUCUCUGACUGUCAAUGAACAGGUCAUCGUGAUGUCUGGUCAUGAGACAAUCCGAGUACUGGAAGUUGGAGUGGAUGCCCAGCUCCCAAAUGAAGAUGAAGGCAAAGUCCUAGAGAGUCUGGCGGCUGACACCUCCCAGAGUGGUGUCCCCACCGAGGCAGACAAGUCCACCCAAGAAACAGGGCCAGAAAAUCCAGACCCUUCUGCAGAAGCAACUGUGAAAUCACUGACCGGGAUCACACCCAGCCCUGUGCCCACUGCUGCCACCUUUAACCAAGUACCUAGUCAGCCUCCAGCACCACCGACCCUGACGCCAUUAGCUGUACAAGCCACUUCCCAGGUCUUGACUCAGGAAAACUUAGCAACAGUUCUGACAGGAGUAAUGGUUCCAGCAGGAGCUGUUACUCAACCUCUUCUUAUCCCCAUCAGUAUUGCAGGUCAAGUGGCUGGUCAGCAGGGGCUGGCCGUGUGGACAAUUCCUACAGCAACCGUGGCUGCCCUCCCAGGACUGACCGCUGCUUCUCCCACGGGGGGGAUUUUCAAACCACCUUUAGCUGGUUUGCAAGCGGCUGCUGUCCUGAACACCGCUCUACCAGCUCCUGUGCAGCCUGCACCACCCCUGCAGGUUUCCCCGCCUGUCCAGUCCCGGCCUUCUGCUGCCCAGUCCCAGGCGCUGUUCCAGCCCCAGACACUGCUGCAGACCCCACCUGCCAUCCUGCCACAGCCUGCUGCCACCCCUACCCCCAAGCCAGCAGACACUCCUACGCAGAUCACAGUCCAGCCUGCAGGCUUCACAUUUAACCCAGGAAUCAUCAGUGCUGCCUCCCUUGGGGGACAGACCCAGAUUUUGGGCUCAUUGACCACCACCCCAGUGAUCGCCAAUGCCAUUCCCAGUGUGCCUGGGAUCACGAGUCAGAUCUUGACCAACGCACAAGGGCAGGUCAUUGGAACUCUUCCAUGGGUGGUAAACUCAGCCAGCAUAGCAGCCCCAGCUCCAGCACAGAAUCUGCAGGUCCAAGCUGUGACCCCCCAGCUACUACUGAAUGCCCAGGGCCAAGUGAUUGCUACACUGGCCAGUAGCUCUCUUCCCUCUGCAGCUGUCCGGAAACCCAGUACUCCAGAGUCACCUGCCAAGAGUGAGGUGCAACCCAUCCAGCCCACACCAGCCAUGUCCCAGCCAGCUGUGGUCAUCACCAGCUCAGCCCCAGUGGCCAAACCUUCUGCUUCUGCUCCUAUCCCUAUUACCUGUUCAGAGACUCCUACUGUCAGUCAGCUGGUGUCUAAGCCCCAAGCCCCAAGUCUGGAUGAAGAUGGGAUAAACUUAGAAGAGAUCCGGGAGUUUGCUAAGAACUUUAAGAUCCGGCGGCUCUCCCUCGGCCUCACCCAGACUCAGGUGGGCCAGGCUUUGACUGCCACAGAAGGACCUGCCUAUAGCCAAUCAGCAAUAUGCCGGUUUGAGAAGUUAGACAUCACUCCUAAGAGUGCCCAAAAGCUGAAACCUGUGCUGGAGAAGUGGCUGAACGAGGCAGAGCUUCGAAAUCAGGAGGGCCAGCAGAACCUGAUGGAGUUUGUAGGUGGAGAGCCCUCCAAGAAACGGAAACGACGCACGUCUUUCACCCCGCAGGCCAUUGAGGCCCUUAAUUCUUACUUCGAAAAGAAUCCCCUACCCACCGGUCAGGAAAUCACGGAGAUUGCUAAGGAGCUCAACUAUGACCGAGAAGUUGUGAGGGUCUGGUUCUGCAAUCGUCGCCAGACACUUAAGAACACCAGCAAGCUGAAUGUCUUUCAGAUUCCCUAGGGGCUCCGUGGAGAGGACCAACCCCCUCCUUCAAUGGCCUGCGUUUUAGCACUUUGUAUUCCUCCCCUGUCACCCAGCUGGCAACUGCCACUCCCCUACUGCAGUCAGCCCUUCACUUGGUGUAACUGCAUUAAUCUUGGGUCAUGUUACCCAUCAAGGGGCUGCAUGCAUGUCUGAUGCCCAGCUCCUCCCUCCACCUGUGCCCCAUGGCAGGGAGAGGGAAGAGAGGCAGUUCUGAGAGCCUCAGGUUCUUGGUGGAGGAGCCAAGCCAGAGGAGCUAAUUAUCUCUGGAGCAAAGCACUUUGCAAAAGUGGUUUUAUGGGGGGAAUCCUAAUUGGGAACCCAAAUGCCUACUCCUAUAAGGGGUUAGCAAGUCCGAAGGGACACUAACCAUUACAUUCUUGUUUUCUAUAACAUUCUCUGUCCAACUCCCACUUCUCUGUGGUUGUGUACAGAGGAGGCACAGCCUCAUUCAUUUUCCUGACCUUGUCAGGUACUCUGUUUCUUUUCAAGGACCCACAAGGGCAGAAAUAAAUGAAGUUUGGGGUGCUAUUCAGAGCACAUAUCCCUGAAUGCUGAGCCCCUUUGUCACAUGUCUGCUACCACUCCUUUAUCCUUUCCAUUCCUGUCCUUGUUCCUUUGGAAACAAAUUGCACUAAUGCAGAUUCCUUCAUUCCAUGGUUCUAAUGGGAGGAAAAAAUCGUGAUUGCUAGACCCCUAGCCAUCAAUGCCUUCAGUGGAAGAGAGAUCCUAGGUCAUUCUAGGGACCAACCAACCUCCCAGACUUGUAUAUAAUGUCAGCUUUCCCUCAUUCCUUCCAGCCCCAACAUCUAAGAAGAGAAUUAUGCUUAGGAGGGGUGUAUUCCGGAAAACCCCACUGCCCAAGCAGUAAACUUUGGAGAAAAAUGAGAAAAAGAAUGUUGUUUGUCUUCCCCCUAUUAAGCACAGCACUGGGACCUCCCCAAAAGAGCAAAUUAAAUUAAAAAGAAAAAAAAAAAAAACAGACAACCAGGCCUGCCUCAGGAAAAGGAACAAAACUCAGUAGGAGCUGAUACUUCUCCUCCUGACAUUAUUCCCUCUUUCUAUCCCUCCCACCAAAAGAUUGAACUUUUAACUUUCUCAGUUAACUUCUUGGCUUAGACCCUAGAGAUGAGAUUCACUUUGUUCAGAGGCUCAGCCCAAGUCUGUACAUGUAAGUUCACCCUGUUAUACUCCUGAAUCAUUUCAUGUAUGCUUAAGAAACAAAACACUGGCCUGUUUCCUUCUCCAAAAUAUUACUCAGUUUUCUUUAACUAUUAUAGCAUAGAUUCAGCUGUGUGAUUUCAAAAGGUCAGACCGGACUUGUUUCCUUAGAUAAAACUGAUUUUGUUUACACAACUUGCCACUCUGUCCAUCUCCUGAUCUCACUGAGUUAGAUCCCUAAUAAUGAAAGAGUAACACUGUAGGAUUAGCCCACUCCCAAGUCACUACAUGCUCUUUCCAUGGUUAGAACAGACUCCUAUCUCUCAAGAGGAGAUUGUCCAUUGCCCAGCUUACCCCAAACUUGGCAUACAUGGAGAGCCAGUUUGGCAAACAUGUCAUGCCCUGAUCUUGUAGCACUCUUUGCAGUUAUAAGAUCCUCUUCCUGCCCCAGAUUCCACUGGCAUGCUCUACUUUUUCUCCCUUAUUUCUAACUCCCAGAACUGAGCUCCUCCCAACCCCGUGCACUGUCAACAGUUCUUAAUAGCUCUGUAUCCCUGCCAGUGAUCAAAGAAUAGGCAUGUUCAGGGUUAUUCUUCCUCAUUCAGACAAAAUCAUUUGAAAAAUCACAUUGAAAAAGAAAAGUGUGAUGGUGGUAAGGAGAGAUGAGGAUUCCCCUUCACAUUACUUAAAGAAAAAUAUGAAUAUAAAGGAAGGAGAGAGGGGCCAUAGAGAAUUACAAGUCAGCAUCAAAGAGAACAUAGGGAGGCAUCUAGGGAUUCGCCUAGAUGAGGUUUCAAUUUAUGUCUCAUUUUAGUCUACAUAAGCACUUUCAGAAUUAGGUUAGAUCCUAAACACUCUCACUGGUGACCAGGACUCAUAUAAUUGAUGCUUAAUAUCUGUGAAUUGCCUUGAACCCCAGCAACCUAGGUGAGACAUAGCCUGACUAGCUUUCAGGAGUGGGAAAUGUGAUGUCACCAAUGGUGGAAUAAAAAUAGACUUCUUAUCUUCUAUUACUCCCCUGGAAAAAUAAACAGACAACCCCACAGACCAAUGGGAAAAUAAUUGCUAACAUUCAUAUAGCGCUUUAAUAUUUGCAAAGCGCUCAUUAUCUAUUAUUAGCUUAUUACCUCAUUUGAUUAUUAUAAAAUGCCUCACUGCUCUUUGAGGUAACUAUCAGUGGGAGUUACAGAUCUGCUUGAAUUGUCUGAUUGUCUCCUUGAGAUCUUUUUCACUGUCAGACAGUGAGAGCAAUUGGAUUGAAUUUUGGGAGCCUUUCUCUCCACUUGGAGAGUGGCUGCUAAGUGCAUCAUGGGGGAGGGAAUGACUGGCUUUCUUUUUUUUCUCUCUUUCUUUAAGAAGAAAGCCUAACUAGCUUUAAGGAGCUGAUCUUUGGAAGCCCUAUGCUGGGCACAAGAAUGUGAUAUUCCAUUUCAGAAAAGAACAGAAUAUUGGUUCUCAAAACAGUUGCCUAACCGUGAUUUCUUGGUGAUAAGCUUGAGUGACAUGCAAAACAAAUAGGAUCUAGAUAGACAACACAACCAGGACUAAGUGUAGAAGGCUGUAUCAUUCCUUUAGAUCAUCUUUGCCAAAUUCAUUUCUUUCUCUCCUUAUCUGUCUGUCAUGGGGCAAGGUCAGACCCUAUGGAGUCAAGUGGCCAUUUUUUUUUUUCUUUUUGUGGGAUGGGAAGAGAAACAUUUGAUGUAGUUGUGUGAAAUAAACAGUAUUUUUUCUUUUUAUAUCAA